AUGUAUUCCAAGACGUACCUCGCGCUGACUCCGGUUGCUGACGCUACCGCUCGCGAACGAUUGCUGCGUGCGGUCGCUCCUACGGUUUACGCCGGGACGCCAGUCAACGACGACGCGCUGUUCAGCGCGAUCCUGGAGCGUCAGCUGCGAGAGGUUGAAGCUCAACGCGAGAUGGUGACGCGCCACGAAGUUCUGGCUGCUAUGGUGAGA